GCUAAAAUCUUGAUCACAUUGAACAGCACUGAGCCUGCAAUUAUAAAUGUUUAAUCUCGUCUCUGUUUUUCUUUAGACGUCUUGGAGUCGAACUUGGCAAAGCUGUGGUGUACCAGGAACCGAACCGGGAAACCCGUGUAGAGAUAAAAGAAUCGGUUCGUGGACAGGAUAUUUUCAUCAUACAGACCAUCUCCAGAGAUGUUAAUACGGCUGUAAUGGAACUGCUGGUCAUGGCCUAUGCCUGCAAAACAUCAUGUGCCCGGAACAUCAUUGGUGUAAUUCCGUACUUCCCCUACAGCAAGCAGUGCAAGAUGAGGAAAAGGGGCUCGAUUGUGUGUAAACUACUUGCAUGCAUGCUAGCUAAAGCAGGUUUAACCCACAUCAUCACCAUGGACUUGCAUCAGAAGGAAAUCCAGGGCUUCUUCAACAUUCCUGUUGACAAUCUUCGAGCAUCACCGUUCCUCCUGCAGUACAUCCAGGAUGAGAUUCACGAUUAUAGAAAUGCAAUUAUUGUUGCCAAGUCACCAGCAGCUGCCAAGAGAGCACAAUCUUAUGCAGAGCGAUUACGCCUGGGACUGGCCGUAAUACAUGGAGAAGCUCAGUAUGCAGAAUAUGAUCUGGUGGAUGGUCGUCACUCCCCUCCAGCUGUGAAGAACACAACAAUACAUUCUGGCUUGGAGUUACCAUCGAUACAUAGGCUGCAAGUUCCGUUUCCUGGCAUUGAGCUUCCAAUGAUGAUGCCAAAAGAAAAGCCGCCUAUCACAGUAGUUGGAGAUGUUGGUGGAAGAAUAGCCAUCAUCGUGGAUGAUAUUAUCGAUGACGUUGAUGGUUUUGUAGCAGCUGCUGAGAUUCUGAAGGAGAGGGGUGCAUAUAAAAUAUAUGUCAUGGCUACUCAUGGUCUUCUUUCUGCUGAUGCCCCUUGUUUGAUUGAGGAGUCAGCCAUUAAUGAGGUGGUUGUAACCAAUACCAUCCCUCACGAAGUGCAGAAACUGCAGUGUCCCAAGAUCAAAACUGUCGAUGUCAGUAUGAUACUGUCUGAAGCCAUUCGUCGCAUCCACAACGGGGAAUCCAUGUCCUACCUGUUUCGCAACAUCACCGUUGAUGACUAG